AUGUCGCGACACAAGCUUGUAAAGAAUCUGGACCUUGACGAUGAAAUGGAUGAUUAUGAUGGCGGCGACGACUAUGCCGACGAUGACACAGAAGAGAACCUGCGAUUAGGAACGAUACGAGUACGGGAGGAAUUGCCAGAAGCAUCGGGACACAUAACAGACAGGCAGAUACAGGAUGCACUAUGGCAUUACUACUAUGAUGUCGACAAGAGCGUGGCCUAUCUCAUAAAAGAGUAUAUGGCGAAGCCGAAGAAGGAACAGAAGAAGAAAGUUGCAGGUGGGUUUUAUCUUUUCUUUCCAACCCUACAAGUGCAUGGAGGAGAGUUGAGUUCGAAAGCAUGCUCAAAACCAUUCUCGUUCGCGGAAUUCUUCAAGGACACACCUUGGCUCAAUGUUCCUCCGGAACGACAAGCUGUUUUCAUUGCGCCUCUAUAUCCCCGUGGUGGUCUUCUAGGUGGUUCAUCAGAUGGAGCUCCUAAGAUGUCGAAGCUGCAAGCUUUAGCGGCGGCUCGGAAGAAGAAGGCGCAAGAACAGAAAGCGAGUGAGAGUUCAGGGGUUGAAAAACCCAUGGCAGGACUCUCCCUGAACGAGAGUGCGAGUGGACCUUCAGUCGGAAGUGAAGCUACAGAACCGUCGUCUGCGCUCAAGCAGCCAUCACGACGCUUUCCGCUAUUAAAGAGGAAAGAUUCCAAACCGCACGAGAAAUCUCAGAAAGCGCCACCACAUGUCGAGAAAGAACCUGAAACAAACGAUAUCCCCAUGUCUAUCUCGCCUGGGGACUUAGACCAAGCUGAACCUUCCGCCUUCGCUAGCACCAUGUUCAACUCUAGGGACCGCUCUCCUCCAAAGCACUCAGCUAACCUCUUCACGCUUCCAUACGCCGCGACUGCUACUCCUGCAACCACUGACCCCUUCGCAGGACCUAGUCCAGAUGACGUUGUCACAGCUGCGCAGUCGAAAGUAGCGAGUGGUAAAGGGGGCAAAGGACCUCCAAAGACUAGUGUGGAGAAGAAGACAGAUCAAAUAGCGAAUGGGGUGGAGGCUCUCAAAAUCGAUGAUACCCCUAAGGUGACCAGCAAAAAUCUAGAUGUAUUAAAGGAGUUUGAGCAAAAGGAGAAGAAGAAUGAGGCCAAUUUUGUGGUUAUCGGCCAUGUUGAUGCCGGGAAAAGUACACUAAUGGGCCGAUUAUUAUACGAUCUGAAGGUAGUGGACCAAAGGACGAUAGACCGGUAUCGCAAAGAGGCUGAGAAAAUGGGUAAAUCGUCCUUUGCUCUGGCUUGGGUUUUGGAUCAGGGGACUGAAGAACGGACACGAGGGGUUACAAUCGACAUUGCAAUGAACAAGUUCUCUACCAACAAAACGAACUUCACCAUCCUGGACGCUCCUGGCCAUCGGGAUUUUAUACCCAAUAUGAUCGCUGGAGCAAGUCAGGCGGACUUCGCGGUGCUAGUUAUCGAUGCAAGUACUGGAUCCUUUGAAUCGGGUCUCAAAGGGCAAACCAAAGAGCAUGCGCUACUGGUCAGGAGCAUGGGUGUAUCACGCAUAAUCAUUGCUGUUAAUAAGCUUGAUACGGUUGCUUGGUCGCAAGAGCGCUUCGACGAGAUAUCCCAACAGGUCUCCGCCUUCCUUACAUCCGCAGGAUUCCUACCGAAGAACGUCGCAUUCAUUCCUUGUUCUGGGCUCCAUGGGGAUAACAUCGUGCGCAAAUCCACAGAACCAGGACUUACGUCUUGGUACAAUGGGCCCACUCUCGUGGAAGAGCUCGAUAAUUCCGAACCUAUAACUCGUGCGUUAACCAGACCUCUUCGGAUAACAAUUGGCGACAUAUUUCGUGGCGGCGUCCAAAAUCCUCUCAGUAUAUCUGGGCGCAUUGAGUCAGGGUCUCUCCAAACAGGGGAUGCUUUGUUGGCCCAACCGGCCGGAGAAAAAUGUUUCAUCAAAGCUCUGGAAGUCGAUUCCGAACCGGCCGACUGGGCUGUGGCUGGGCAAAACGUCACAAUUCAUCUCUCGGACAUCGAUCCGAUCCAUCUAAAAGUCGGAGACGUGUUGUGUAGCCCGACGAGUCCAAUCAAGAUCAUCAAAGAAUUCACGGCGAAGGUUCUAGCGUUUGAAUUCUUGACUCCGAUGCAGAUCGACGUUCAUAGGGGUAGGUUGCACACGCCUGGUAGGAUCCGGGAGAUUGUCAGCCUGCUGGAUAAAGGUAGCGGUGCUCCUACAGGGAAGAAACGGCCCCGAAUCGUCAAGCCGGCGCAGUUGGCGAGGGUUAUUGUGGAGCUGGAGGCGGCGGUCCCGCUUGAGGCUCCAGCGAGGGUGGUUUUGCGGAGUAAUGGGGCAACGGUCGCCGCAGGUUUGCUGGAAUAA